AUGCUUUAUUUGAGCUGGGUAUUUCUUUGGCUUAUCGCAGGAGGGAAAAUUAAAGGAUUUAAUACUUCAGCUUGCUCCACUGGAAAGCUUCUUAGGACAUACUCUGCAAGGUGUGGGGAGGAGUUUGCCUUAUUUUGUGAUUUUCCAGAGCCACAGAAAUCCCAUUUCCACCACAGAAGUCAACUCUCACCAACCCAAGGCUCUGAACACCUGCCCUGCGGUGGUAGUAAGAACCUAUCUGAUGUCCAAUGGUACCUACAACCUCAAAACAGAGAUCCACUAGUAGAAAUUACUCAAAGCUAUCCUCACGUCAUCCAGGACAAGAGUACCCUUCAUUUUUUGACGACAGAGAUGAAUAAUGCUGGGUCAUAUAUUUGUAGACCCAGGAUUAGGAGCCCCCAGGAUGAGGCCUGUUGUGUCAAGAUGAUCUUAGAAGUUAAGCCCAAGACAAAUAUGUCCUGUGGGAGCUCCAUAUCACAUGAACAACUCCUUCUUCUUGGUAGCCUGGGCUCCAUUUAUUGCCCCGGUCUCAGCCCCCAAAGUGAUACACAAAGUCCAGAGGUGACCUGGUACCAGAAUGGAAAACUACUCUCUGAAAAAAGGAGCAACCCCAUUGAAGUGGAUGAAGUUUUUGACUAUCACCAAGGCACAUACGUGUGUGAUUACACUCAGUCAGAUAAUUCAAGUUUAUGGACAGUCAGAGCUGUUGUUCAAGUGAAAACCAUUGUGAAGAACACUAAUCUCAAACCAGAUAUUCUGGAUCCCAUCAAGGACACCCUGGAAGUAGAACUUGGAAAGCCUUUAACUCUUAACUGCACGGCCCGAUUUGGCUUCGAGAUAAACUUUAAGCCUGUGAUAAGGUGGUACGUCAAAGAUUCUGACCAGCAGUGGGAAGUCCCGACACCUGAGGGGAGAAGUAUUAAAUCCACCUUAAAGGAUGAAGUCAUCAAGCGUGUUGUCUUCCUGAAAGAAGUUACUCAGAGUGAUCUCCGCAGGAAGUUCAUUUGCUUUGCCCGGAACUCCAUUGGGAACACUACCCAGUCCAUCCAACUGAAAGAAAAGAAAGGAGUGGUGUUCCUCUAUAUCCUCCUCGGCACCGUCACGGCCCUGGCAGGUGUGCUGACCGCAGGUGCGCUCUUCUACCUGCACUGGAUUGAAAUAGUGCUGCUGUACCGAACCUACCAAAACAAGGAUGAGACCCUCGGGGAUAAAAAAGAGUUCGAUGCUUUCCUAUCCUAUGGGAAAUGGAGCUCUCUUGAGAGUGAGGUCACUUCAUCUCUGAGUGAGGAAAACCUGGCUCUGAGUCUAUUCCCUGAAGUUUUGGAAAACAAAUAUGGAUACACCUUAUGUUUGCUUGAAAGAGACGUGGCCCCAGGAGGAGUGUAUGCGGAAGACAUUGUGAGCAUUAUUAAGAAAAGUAGAAGAGGAAUAUUUAUCUUGAGCCCCAGCUACGUCAACGGACCCAGUGUCUUUGAACUACAAGCCGCAGUGAACAUUGCCUUGGAGGAUCAAACACUGAAAUUGAUUUUAAUUAAGUUCUCUUCCUUCCAAGAGCCGGAGUCUCUACCUCAUCUAGUGAAAAAAGCUCUCAGGGUUUUGCCCACUGUCACUUGGAGAGGCUUCAAAUCAGUUCCUCCCAAUUCCAGAUUCUGGACCCAAAUACGCUACCACAUGCCUCUGAAAAGCUCUAAAGGAUUCACGUCGAAUCAUCUCAGAAUUAUCCCAAGGAUUUUUUUCUCUAGAAAAGACUCAGUAAAACAGAAACCACUGGGGGGCGCUCCCAGCCUAAAGGACGGUGAAAUGGGCCCUGAGCUGCCUCCUCCUACACCCCUCCCGUCCUGUCCCUGGUGA